UACUUGGAACUAGUCUUCAUUUAAAAAGAGGGAACGAUUAUAACUAGGUCGAGAAAAAAAGGGUUACCGAGCGCUUUUAUAUUACUCGUCUCUGCUCCCUUCUGCCUGGUUAAGGUUCCUAAUUAUUAGGUCAAGGUCGCGUUUGGCGUGAUAGAGGCGAGGGUGUUGGUUUUUUUGCCUCUCAUUCUUCUCGGUAGGAUUCUUGGCUUAGGGGAGGUAGAAUGUUCCGUCCGGAAGUACACAGGAUUUGCAGUGUCUCAGCAUAUCACCUUUGGCAGCCUGUCAUGAUGGUGAAUGUGCAGGACAUCUGUGAAAACAUGAGGCUGGCCAGAGAGAUGGCCCUUACCAGCCAGUAUGAGACAGCUGCUGUGUACUACCAGGGAGUUGUACAGCAAAUCCAUAGACUGCUUGCAACCAUACAAGAGCCCAACCGGAAGAUAAAAUGGCAGCAGGUUCAACAGCAAGUUGCAGCAGAAUAUGAAAACCUGAAAGAACUCAUGAACUCUAUAUCCCUGUUCAAGUCAGAUAAUCCCUCAGCCAUUGCAGACAGACCUUUAGGAACUUCUUUACGAAUGUCAUCAUUUGAGGAACCCACAAGAGAUCCAGAUGUAUGGGGUCCACCCCCUCCCCGCGACCCAGAUGUAUGGCCUCCACCAACUCCUGCUGAUCACAAGUCCUCACCUCAAGUGAAGCCCACUCGAGGGCCAAAGAAGCAGGACGCCAAGAACACAGGUCCCACUAGGGGCACCAAGGCCGGCCAAAAGAAAGGGGCGGACGCAAAGGGUCGAGGGCGAGAUGACAAAUCCUCUGACCGCAAGACCAAGAAAGAUGCUGAUAAGAAGGAGGAAAAGCAGGGUGGAGGAGGAAAAGAAGAAAACCGAGGCGGGAAUGAAGAAGACGAUGAGAAGAAAUUCGACCCCAGUGGCUAUGAUCGCGACUUGGUGGAUAUGAUCGAGCGAGACAUUGUGCAGAAGAACCCGAGUAUCCGAUGGAAUGACAUCGCUGACCUGCAUGAGGCCAAAAGACUGCUUGAGGAAGCUGUCGUCCUGCCCAUGCUUAUGCCCGAUUUCUUUAAGGGCAUCCGUCGGCCUUGGAAGGGUGUGUUGAUGGUCGGACCACCAGGCACAGGCAAGACAAUGCUAGCAAAGGCAGUUGCUACUGAAUGUGGCACAACAUUCUUUAAUGUCUCUUCUUCAACGCUUACAUCGAAGUAUCGUGGAGAAUCAGAGAAGCUGGUGAGACUUCUCUUUGAAAUGGCCAGAUUUUACGCACCAAGUACCAUCUUCAUUGAUGAAAUUGACUCACUCUGCUCCCGGAGAGGCUCAGAGUCAGAGCACGAAGCUUCAAGACGUGUCAAGUCAGAGCUUCUUAUGCAAAUGGAUGGAAUCCAGUCCUCAGAGUAAGACACCCUC